ACCCAUGAUCCUCCAGGAGCCGGGGCGCUUGCGCAAUAUGUUUUUGUACGGCCCUGGCUUUCUUGGCAGUGUCUUGUCUGUUUGGCUGCUGUUGUCACAUUAAAGGGGGCACAAAGAAAGACUUGUCGAAGUUAAAAUAACCCCGAGCCUGUCGCAUGAGGUUACUGGGUGAGCCCCUCCCUGCCAUGAGAGCUGACCAGCAGGUCACCACCACCACCCCGCCCUCCUUCUGCAGUUGAUGGAUCUGCAGCUGGUCCGGAGAUGACAGACAGCGUCAGGGCCUUCCUCCGCAAUGUUGCGACGGGGAUCAAGGACUCCAUAUUGGGGAUCGGAACAAUCUCCAAGCUGGAUGCCCGCAUCCAGCAGAAAAGGGAAGAGCAGCGGAGGAGAAGGGCCAGCGGGGCCCUGGCACAGAGACGGGCACAGAGCGAGGAGCGCAAACCAGACAAUGAUCCCAAAGUAGCCAGCAGGAUUUUUCAGUGCUGUGCCUGGAAUGGAGGAGUGUUCUGGCUCAGUCUGUUUCUCUUCUACCGGGUGUUUAUCCCACUGCUGCAGACUCUCACUGCAAAAAUCAUCGGUGACCCGUCCCUCCAUGGCAGUGUGUGGUCCUGGUUAGAGUUCUUCCUGACCUCCGUCUUCAGUGCUCUCUGGGUUCUCCCUUUGUUCGUCCUCAGCAAGAUAGUCAAUGCCAUCUGGUUCCAGGAUAUAGCUGACCUAGCAUUUGAAGUGUCCGGAUGUAAAGCCCAGCCGUUCCCCAGCGUCAGUAAGAUCAUCGCAGACAUGCUUUUUAACCUCCUCCUCCAGGCACUCUUCCUCAUUCAGGGUAUGAUUGUUAGCCUUUUCCCCAUCGAUGCCAUUGGACAGAUGGUUAGCCUCCUCCACAUGUCUCUGCUCUACUCCCUGUACUGCUUUGAGUAUCGCUGGUUCAACCAUGGCGUCGAGAUGCACCAACGGCUGUCCAAUAUCGAGAGAAACUGGCCCUAUUACUUUGGAUUCGGUUUGCCCAUGGCUCUGCUGACCGCCCUGCCCUCCUCGUACAUCAUCAGCGGCUGCUUGUUCUCCAUCCUCUUCCCUCUCUUCAUCAUCAGCGCUAAUGAGGCCAAGACGCCAACAAAGCUGUACCACUUCCAGCUGCGUCUCUUCUCCCUGGUCGUUCUGAUCAGCAACAAGCUUUUUCACAAGACGGUCCACCUGCAGUCGUCGCUGACGUCGUCCACCUCCUCAGAGAGGCUGUCAUCCCCGCACACCUCCCCGACCCGCCAGAGACCUCUGCCCAACCAGUGAUGGAUCGACUUGAAGGAGACAGACGGAAAGCAGACGACGUGCGACAUCACUCGGUGUGAUUUAAUGAAGAUGAUACGCGGUUUAGGACGAAGGGUUUACAUGUUUUUAAUCUGAUCUCUGGCCCUUUGGUCGUUUCACGCGCAGCACACACCCACCAGACACAUUUUCAGUGUGACACAAAAAUCGACUGCCCCGUGCCUCACACUCAAACACACAUUAUAUACUCUGCUCUUGUUUUCUUUUGUGAAUUUUCUUUCAUUUGUCUUCUUCUUUUUGUUUUUUUUUUUGUUUUGUAUAAUGUGCCAUUUGACUGACUCUCCUUUUAAUAAAUUACAGCACAAGAAAUCAUGUAGUUUUAAUGUUUAAGCAAACUUGUGACGGAAGAAGGAUUUUAUUUUUUUUUACUUUGAAGGGACUUGUUUGCAUCCAGAUAUUCGAAGCACAGUUGUUUUACCUACACUACAUGUUUUCUUGAUGUUGCAAGUCACAUUCCUUCCUCACAGAUCGAAUGCUCUCUUGCACAUGGUUUCUCUGUCUGAUGACGGUGUCCUUGCAGUUGUAGAAAUACCCUUUUUUUUUUUUUUUUUAAAGUGGGAAGCUUUUUUAAAAUCCUUUUACGAGCUUUGUUUUUAGUAGAACAUACAAAUCAAUUCAAGAGCUGCUAUAAACGGAUUGGUGACCUCAGCAAUGGAAAACAAACAAAGUCACUCUUGCUGUGUGUUGACCAAAGAUUUGCUUGGUGUCUCGUCCCACAUUAAAAUCCGAUGAGAUGUUUGCAAAUCACGAGGCGACGCCGGCGUAAAAAAGGAAAAAGCUGCCCGAGCGUUUUCAGUCUGUGUGAAUUCAGUAGGUGAUAGUUGAGAUGACACUGCCAAACUGCUGCAUCUAUGUUUUGUUAAUUUCACAUUACAACCACUGCAAUGCUAAGCUCUGUAUUAAAGGAAGGAGUCACAUUUAUAUCUUAAUAAAUGGGGUGAUCAGCCUUGACCCGCUUGCUCUAGUUUUCCCCAAAGAGAGCAGAAGCGAAAAAAAAAAAACA